UCUUCUUCUUUCUUUUCUUCUUUAAUUUCAGGUUUAUUAUUAACGUUAUUGUUUCUGCCGCACUCUAAUACAGAAGAGGUCCUUCCUUAUGAUUCUCAACGCUUGACAAACAGAGGUGAUGAGGUCGUGAUUUAAAGCUACAAGUGACAAGUUGCAUAGCUCCGUCCUUUAUUUUCUUCCCUACUCCAUUGUAAACUCAGAAGCAGCACUAUACUCACCAUACUCUCUUCUAAGAGUACCUAGCUAUUAGUCCAUCAUUAGAAUAUAUAUACACUAAAGAUCCCUCUUGGCAAACAAAUAAUGCAAUACAUGACAAGUUUCAGGAAAAUUCUUGCUUGAUGGACUUCAAACCAAGUAUCUGUGACAAGAAAACACUGAAGCGGUGGUUUUUCAUAGACAAGAGGGUUGGCUAAAUAAAAAACAAGCAGCCACAGGAAAAAAGAAAAAGAAUAAUAAAAAUAUCAGAAGCUAAUAUCAUCACUUGUUGUUUGUGAAUAUAUUUUAUUUAUAAAAAUAAUGGGGCCAAUGGACUUGAAUUCGAGCCAUGUUUCUCCUGUUCUUACGGAUUCUGUACCUGUGAACAAAUCAAGACUAGGAAUCCAUUCUAGUCUGCUAACAUAUUCCCAGCAAGAUUCAUCUUCGCCAGCACCCGCCCCGGCCGGGAAGCUGCCGAGAACGGGUUCAAGAAAGAGUGCUGCAGGGAGCAUUGAUGAUGUUCGGUUCAAUGGGUGGUUGGACGCCAUGAAGGCAUCUUCCCCUCCCAGGAAGAAGCUUCUUAAAGGAUCCAUGAUUAAUGCUCUGCUUCCUUCCAAUAUUGAAUAUGACAACGAAGACUACCAUAUAUUGACGGUUGAUUACCCUUCUGCACUAGAAUGUUUUGAGAAAAUCAUAGAGCGUGCCAAGAAUAACAAGGUUGCAGUGUUUCUAGAUUACGAUGGCACUCUUUCUCCAAUUGUAGAUGACCCUGACUGUGCCUUUAUGUCCGAACCUAUGCGUGAGACUGUGAGGAGUGUGGCAAGGUGUUUCCCCACAGCAAUUAUCAGUGGAAGAAGUCGUGACCAGGUGUAUGAUUUGGUUAAACUAACAGAACUGUACUAUGCGGGUAGUCAUGGAAUGGACAUAAUUGGGCCUUUUCGCCAUAAUGUGUCCAAUAAACUUCCAAAUUGUGUCAAUUCUACUGACCAUCAGGGAAAUCAGAUAACUCUCUUUCAACCUGCUACACAAUUCCUCCCUAUCAUUGACGAGGUUUUUAGAACCCUCGUUGAGAUUACUAAAGAUAUAAGCGGUGCAAAAGUUGAAAACCACAAGUUUUGUGUUUCUGUACAUUACCGUAACGUACAAGAGAAUAAUUGGACAAUUAUAGGACAACGUGUCCAUGAUAUCUUGAAAAAUUUCCCUGGUUUGCGUUCAACUCAUGGACGGAAGGUUUUAGAGGUUCGUCCAGUGAUUGACUGGAAUAAAGGGAAAGCGGUUGAAUUUUUAAUGGAAUCUCUUGAAUUAAAUGAUAAUGAUGACGUACUUCCUAUCUACAUUGGAGAUGAUAAAACAGAUGAAGAUGCUUUCAAGAUUCUGCGUGAAAGCAAUCGAGGUUGUGGGAUUUUGGUGUCUUCAGUGAAGAAAGAAAGUAGUGCCUCAUAUUCUUUAAGAGACCCCAAUGAGGUCAUGGAAUUUCUUCAACUCCUGGUUAGAUGGAAAGAGAGAGAAGAAACCAACCAUUUCAACAAGCAAAUUAAAGUCAAAGUAUAGUAUCCAUUUGUCUUCUCCUUUCUUUUUUUGGGCGAUGAAAAUAGAUUUUAUUAUCGAUUUUGUUGAUAUGGUGAUAUACUGAUAUAUAUUCCAUUCCCCCUUGUUAAUUCUUAAAUAAGUUGUGCGGGCUAUUCAUUUUAAGCUGUAAAUUAUUUCAAUUGUUUGUUAUUAUAAUAAGAGAAAUGCAGUUUGAGAGCACUCUAUCUCUUAUUUUAUUUUAUGUUUUCGAGAUUGAUUGAAGUGUAAAUAAUUGAAGAUCUUAUUGUGCUUCUAGAAAUGAGAAAAAUGCAACGGAAUGAAUUUUGUG